UCCUUCUAAGGGCCCUGAAUAUAUCUGAAAAGGAAGCUGGGCCACAGCGUGGCUGCUAGGCACUUGGGAGACCUUACUGUUUCCUGCCUUUUGUCGCCCUGGGACCCCCCGCCAGCCCCGCGCCCCGCGCUGCCCCGUGAAGCCCAGAGCCUAAGCGGUAGGAGAGGGGGGAACCGAAAAGCCGCGGAACCAGAGGCGAGGGAGAGGCGCGGACGGAGGGAAGAGGAGCAGGCGGACCGGCAGGCCUAGCUCUGAGGCGGAGGCGGCGGCGGCGACGGGGGAUGGAGCCCCUGCGGGUGCUGGAGCUGUACAGCGGCAUCGGCGGCAUGCACCAGGCGCUACGAGAAAGCUGCAUACCUGCACAAGUGGUGGCUGCCAUUGAUGUAAACACUGUCGCUAAUGAAGUCUACAAGUAUAAUUUUCCUCACACGCAGUUACUGGCCAAGACAAUUGAAGGCAUUACGCUAGAAGAGUUUGACAGAUUAUCUUUCAAUAUGAUUUUAAUGAGCCCGCCCUGUCAGCCAUUCACAAGAAUUGGCCUGCAAGGUGAUGUGACUGACCCAAGGACGAAUAGCUUCUUAUAUAUUCUAAAUAUUCUCCCAAGAUUGCAGAAAUUACCGAAGUAUAUUCUUUUAGAAAAUGUUAAAGGUUUUGAAGUGUCUUCUACAAGAGACCUGUUAAUACAAACAAUAGAAAAUUGCGGCUUUCAGUACCAAGAAUUUCUAUUGUCUCCAACUUCUCUGGGCAUUCCAAAUUCAAGGCUGCGGUAUUUCCUUAUUGCAAAGCUUCAGUCAGAGCCACUACCUUUUCAAGCCCCUGGUCAGGUACUGAUGGAGUUCCCCAAAAUUGAAUCUGAACAUCCAGAAAAACAUGCAAUAGAUGCAGAAAAUCAAAUUGAAGGAAAGAAAAUUGAACCAAAUAUUUGGUCUGAUAGCAGCAGACCAUGUUCUGGAAAAGCAGCCAUUCUUUUUAAGCUUGAAACUGCAGAAGAAAUUGACCGGAAACAUCAACAGGACAGUGAUCUCUCUGUGCAAAUGCUAAAAGAUUUUCUUGAAGAUAAUGUUGACGUGAAUCAGUACUUUUUACCACCAAAGUCACUGUUGCGAUAUGCUCUUUUGUUAGACAUCGUUAAGCCCACUUGCCGAAGGUCCAUGUGCUUUACGAAAGGUUAUGGAAGCUACAUAGAAGGGACAGGAUCUGUGUUACAGACCGCAGAGGAUGUGCAGAUUGAGUAUAUCUACAAUUCCCUUACCAAUUUGUCACAAGAAGAAAAGUUAACAAAACUGUUAAUGCUUAAACUUCGAUAUUUCACUCCUAGAGAAAUAGCAAAUCUCCUUGGAUUUCCUCCAGACUUCGCCCAGGAAAUCCAGGGACUGUUGCUGCGAAGAGAUUGGACACGUUGCCUUUGCUUCUUAGAGCAGCCGGCCCCUCCUGACCCGCUUCCUGGGCGCCAGUGCUCCAUGUGAGGGAGCCAGCAGUUUCUUAGGCUGGGCCACUCUCUGCUUAGUUUAUGCAUAUGUGAAAUGGGGACAAUGACAACUUCAUAGAGUGGUUGUGACAGUAAAGUGAGUGAACGUAAGUAAAAUGUUUACACACUCUCUGACGCAUAAUAUAAAAUUGUGUCAGCUUUUAUUUUUUAAAUGAUAGGCAUUUAUUUGCUUUUCUAGCAUUUACUUCAUAAGUAUUUUUUCUCAUUAUUUUAAAAUUUUAGAUGGGUAAAAUAGGAUUUUUCAAAGCUCUCUGAAAAUAUAUGUCUGAGACAUACAAGAAAGGCUUUUUAAUUGCUUAACAUUCUUCUAAAAUGUGUGUCAUAUUUGUAUAGUGUCCUAAGCAGCACUGUGACAGAGCUGUCCCUCAUGUGUGCUUCUGGUGUUAUUUACUCUGGGUCCCAAACGGGCGUUGUUUGCGCUGCUGGUCCACUGGCGAUGAUGGCUUUGCGUUGAUCCUUCCAUCUGUUUCGUCUUGGUUUCCUCUGUGAUGAGUGGCAUGCAUUCUUGAGAGAGCAGGCUUUGGAAGAGAGAGGCACUAACUUACACUUCCUGAGUGAAAGCUGCUGUCUUGACCUCGUUAAUUCUGUUUCUUUGUUCUUGAGGAUUAUUAUUUUUAAUGUACCUAAGUUUUUAAAAAGUCACUUUUUAACUUAAAACUAUAUAUUUUUUUCAUAAGCUAGUUGAGAUUUUAGGAUCUAUAUCUAUAUAUAAAAUACACACACAUAUAUAAAAUUUUUACAGAUCUGACUUGUUUGUUUUCAGACCUUUCUUCCCCUCUGAUGUAGUCUACAGAAGAUCAUCCCUGGGGUGUUCUAAACUGUUUAUAGAUAUAUUUGUACCUCUGGCUACUUUGAGCUAAAUAGUUUUUGAGAUGACUAUAGUGCUUGCCUAAGACAUGUUCUAUUUAUAAUAGCAAUUUUAUGAUGAUUCUCAACUGCAAAUAUAGUUUUAUUAUGCUAAUCACUGUUAUGUUAUUGCAGUAAGUGUAAUAUCAAGUGUUGAUGAAGAAACUUUAUCAUGGUCAGCUCUACCUUGUGGUCCUCACAAGUACAUGAAAUUUUGCUAUGUGUAAUGCUCUUUAAUUGUUUCCUUCAUUUUAUUAUCUAAGUUGCUUUUUCUUUAGUUAAUUGCUAUGCCAAAGGAAACCGAAUGUGGAAUUCUAAUGUUGUAACUAACAUUAGUACACUCUUAUGCAUGGACAGUCUUUUAUGUUGAGGUUUGCAAGACUUUGUUCCAGCAAAUGUAGUAUCUGUGGGCUAUUUUGUUCUGAAACAGCAAAUAGAAGCCCAACAUGAGAAAGUCAAUUUGUGGAAGCAGAAUAUAAAAAACAACUGUGAGAGACUUGUAUCCAGAAAAUAUAAAGAACUUUUACAAUUCAACAAUAAAAAGAAUAAUAAUCCAAUUUAAAAAUGGGCAAAAGAUUUGAAUAGACGUUUCUCUGAAGAAUACAGACAAUGUCCAAAGAGCACAUGAAGACGUGUUCAGCCUCAUGUGUUAUUAGUGAAUCGCAAAUCAAAACCACGGUAAGAUACCACUGCACCAAAAGAGAACAAAUAACAGUGUUGACAAAGAUGUGGAGAAAUCAGAUGCCUUGUACACUGCUGGUGGGAAUAUAAAAUGGUGCAGCUGCUCUGGAAAACAGUCUGGUAAUUCCUCAAAUGUUAGACAUAGAGUUACUAUAUGACACAGCAGUUUCUCCACUGGGUAUAUCUCCAAGAGAAUCAAACACAUACAUCCACCCAAAAACUUAUACAUAAUGUUUGUGAGAGCAUUGUUCAUAAUAACCAACAAGUAGCAACAACCCGCACAUCUGUCGAUGAAUGAAUGGGUAAACAAAAUGUGCUAUAUCCAUACAAGAGAAUAUUAUUCAGCCGUGAAGACGAAUGAAGUAUUGGUACAUGCUAUAACAUGAAUGAACCUUGAAAACAUUAUCCUAAGUGGAAGAAGCCAGAAAUAAAAGACAGCAUACUGAGUGGUUCCAUCUAUAUGAAAUGUUCAGAAUAGGCAAAUCUAUAGAAACAAAAAGUAGGUUAGUGUUUGAGGGAUAGAGAGGGGAAAUGAGGAGUGACUACUAACAGAUACCAGCUUGGUUUUUUUUUUUUUAUUGAGGCGUAAUUGACAUACAACAUUAGUUUUAGGUGU